AUCGCCUGUGUCUGCUGAACAUCCAAAUUCAGAGAGACCAUCCAACUCGGAGCUUUUUAAUCAUCAAGCACAAACGACUCGACGAUGUCUUCUGCAAGGGUCGUCACACAGACUCAGCCUGGGAGGUAUGCCCAAGGGUCUAACGAAUGGUCAUCUGGGAUAUGUGACUUCUGUGAAAAUAUCCCAGUGUGCUGUUUUGCUUACUGGUGCUUCCCCUGCUUUGCCUGUAAAACUUCACGUGACUACGGGGAGCAUCUCUGCCUCCCUCUGGCAGAUUGGUUUGGCUUCAUCCCACCGGCCACCAUGUCACUGAGGGCCUCCAUGCGACACCGCUACGGCAUCAGUGGCACCUUGUGUGAAGAUUGCGUGUAUUCGACCUUCUGUAUGGUCUGCGUCUGGUGUCAGAUGUCCAGAGAGAUGGAGAUUAGAAACACCCCAGCUGUUGUGGUCACUAGUAAAAGAUAACCUCUAUUUCUUGCUCAUUAUCACCUCCAGGGCUGUAAGAUAAUUGAAUAAACCACCAUCCACAUGGGGUGUUAGUAGCGUAGUACACUUCAGACUGAAGCCCUUUGAGAAAGAUCAGCGUAAAUAGAAUCGUGCUCACUUUAAUGAUGGAAAAACCUCUUGAGAAAUGAGUGCUGUAGUACAACUGUAGCCAUCCAAGCUCACUGACUCCAGCAGCAUGAAAGCUCUUGGUGCAAGAAAUCAAUUAAACUUUUAUUAAUGUAAAUGUAUUGUUAGCUACCUUACCCUGUGCUUUUUAAAUUUUAUUUUUCCUUUUUCUCUCUGCAUUUUACACUUCUGGCUUUUAUUUUAUUUUCAUCUGGCAUAAUGAAAAUGAAAGAGAUAAACUUAAAUUACACUAAAAUCCAAACAGUACAGAAAGCGUAUUUUAUUGUUGCUUUUUUUUUGUCAAUAAAAUUAAGUAAAAUGUA